AUGUUUCUGGCACGGGCAGCCACGCGGCCACUCCCAAGCUCAGUCCUGCCAAAGGCUGCUCUGAACGCAAGACCAAAGGCCGCUUCAAGGCCCUCCCUACGCGCCUGUUUCUCAUCCACGCCCAGCCAGCAGCAAACGAGGAAUAGAGUCUACUCGUCUGUCCGCAAUGAAGACCAGUUCAGGACCUACCUCGCCGCCUCCUCCAGCUCCCGCAGGCCCCUCCUGACACUAUGGAAGACGAGUUGGUGCCAAAUAUCGCCCCUGUUGAAGUCACUUGUGGACUCGGGAGUGGGCGAGGCGGAGGGAGGUGUUGGCUACUGCGAGGUCGAAUUUGAUGCGCCGGACGUAAUGAGCGCUGGGCUUGGUCUUACUUAUAUGAUCAGCUCUGUGCCCACACUGAUGAGCUUCGACGCCGGCGAGGCCCAGGUCGAGACCAAGGUCGCAGAUGGCAAUCGAUUGAAGGACCGGAGGUUCCUCGAGGAGUGGAUCAGGACCGAGGCCAGGCGCCAUGGUGGGAGGGGAGGCGGCGGCGGAGGCGGGCCCAUCUUUGGCGGGCUCUUUGGAAGCUUCAAGGGCUGA